UCAUCCAUGCCCUGGAACAACAUCCAAGUGUAUUCAGACCCUACAUGUGCUACAAUGUUGAGAAACUAACACUUGAAUCACUGGAGGCUGUCUUCAAGGCUCAGCUCAGUGAAGUUGGUAGCACCAGACGACACGAAGAAACAAGGAUUCUAGGAUACUGGAGAGACUAUCUGCUUGACACUGGAGAACAAGAAACUGGAAUCUCCCUCCAAGACAUCCUGAUGUUUGUUACAGGACUGGAUUCACUGCCUCCUUCAACAAUUGAGCCUCAGCCCCAACUGACUUUUGAGAGGACUUCUAAAUUUCCCAUUGCCAGCACAUGUGCCAAUACAAUCAAAUUGCCAAUGUCCAAAAGCUAUGAAGAGUUCAAAAAUGCAAUGGGCUUUG